CAUCACUUUUACUUUUCACUUUAUAUUAAUUAUCCUGAAUACUAUGUGUAUUAUUUCUGUUUCCUCAUGCAUAGAGGUUACCUCGUAGACAUCUACUGUAUCUGUUUAUGGGUUAGCUUUAACGGCAGCUAGAUUCUCGCGAUAUCACGAUAGAAUAUCGCGGGAUUACCAUAAACGUGAGGUCUAUGGUGAGGUGCAGUCGUCCGUGCAGAAAUAGGCACUGAAACACUGAACUAAACUUCUGAUUUAUGUAUGACCUGUUAACUUCAACAAACAAACCCUUGAGGGGAAAAACGCUAAUGUUAAUAUGUACUUUUAUGAAUCCAUACGUUUUAUUUUUAAUCUUUUUAUGAACGCAUAAAUCUGAUAUAGAGCUAUAAAUCUGGAACGGAAAUGACGACGUUAGUUUCGUUUUCAUCGCGCACUGAUAAAAACAGAAACGUCAUGAAGUUAAAGAGGAAUUGGCUUUAAAUUGCUGCUCACAUUUUCAUGAAAGAUCUCCCAUGUGUUGGAGGUGAAUCAUCAGUAAUAUCAUCUCACAGUUAAAGCACCUGAACACACAGAGAUGGAUUUACCCGUGGAGGCGACACUACACUUGAAUGUUUUCCACAAUAAGGCCAAGGUGCGAGAAAUCCUCUGGUCACAGGAUUUCCAGUUGACAGAUCUGAGCAGCGAUCGGGUGCGUGUCAAGGGCUCGUUUCUGAAACUUAAAGCUGUGAAGAUGUCUUUGGAGCAGCUUCUCGAUGCACAAGCUGAAGCGUACAACACGUCGCCCCCGAAGGCGUCUUCUGGAGCCAUUUCCAAAAGCAACAGCAAGCACAACUCACUGAUACGUAGCAAGAAAGGCCAAGACAAGCCUCAGUUUGGUUCCCUCCCUUUACCUAACAGGUCCCCCUCUCGGGCGUCUGUUUCUCCCAACAAACAUGCAGAGGACAGAUCUUCGGACCGGCGUGGCUCCGUCAAGCAUGAAAGAGAGUCCUUUAUCAUCGAUGCAGAUGUGUUUGCAUAUGCAGAUCGGCUCCAGAAAGGAGACAUCAAAGCCAUUCUGCACAACCAUGGUGUUACAAUGGAAGAGCGCCAAGUUGGCAAUAACUUCAACAUCACUGUGCUCGGGGAGAACGCAAAGAUAGCAGCCAGUGAACUGCAGAACCGCCUGAAUGACCUCAGAAAAUCACUGCGCACGCAAGAAGUUCUACUGAAGGAAAUGGGCAGCGAAGGCCACGCGCUUUUAGAGAGAAUCCAGAACAACAAAAACAUUGAGAAUUCAGUGCUCGUAUGUCGGAUGAAUGAUCGACUUCACCUGAUCGGACCGUCCAAGGAGAGCUACGAGUUGAAGCUGGGGCUGCUGGCGGGACGGAGAGGGAGGUGGAAUUUCAGAAGCUUCAAGAAGAGCAGCUACUCUCUGUCACAAAUCCUCCAAAAGAACAGAGCAAGAGACGACCAGGCCAUCGCUGACCCAGCUCCCAAAGGAGCAGCUGGCUACUCUCCACCAAAGCGCCAGGAUGAUAUAGUUGCUAAGCAUGUGCAUGCACAUUCUCCUGAAAGAAGAUCUCAGAGGGGUAGAAUCAACUUUGGGAAAGAGAGCAAACGUGUGGAAGAAAGGGAUCACGUGCAAGAGGGGGAACAAGGACGUCAGCCUCCUCGAUCAGCCAAGGCUUUCUUCAAGAGGUUGUUUACUUUUGAGAACCCUGGCCUUCCAAAAUGGAGAAAAGGCAGGAAGAAAGAUAAGUGAAAUUAUUUUCAUGAAGGCAGAUGGGCAGCACUGAAACUUUUCUUUCUUGUCUCGGUUUGCAUUUUUGGUAUGAAACCUUUGCCUAAAUACCUGUUUUUUGUCUUUUUGAGUUGGUGUGGGAGUAACACGUGAUAAGAUGCUAUCACUGUACACAGCCCACAAUUACACAAUACAGCCAUACUGCAAGACAAUCAUCUCAGCUACAAUACGGGGAUCUGUGUUACUGAAGAAGAAAAAUACUCUUAAAAAGGCGGAAGAAUGAAGCAAUGCACAACAAAUUGCCUUUAACUAGUGCCUCUUUAACACACUGACAGCAACUUAUCCGUGUCCAUAUGUGCCCUCAGUACCAUGUAAAAUAGUUAUAAACUGCCAGAAAGCACAACAUUUAUGGGAUGAAAAUUUUAGAGGAAGGAUGUUUUACUCAACAAACCAAACACAGUACCUAUACACUGUGUCUAUGCUAAGCUACAAUUACUCUAUAUGAGUCCUUUUGAUGUUGUUGUCAUGUGGUGCAAUAUCUGGAUUUAGACACUUCUGAUGUCAAACCUUUAUUAUAAUCAAAUCAUAAUCUGUGUAUAAUAUUGAUUAUUCAACUUCUUCUGUCUCGAUAAGUCAGUUUUUUUCAGCCUUUGACUGACUAUUCUUGCAGAAUUGUUUUUUUUAAUCACUAUCUACUUGCACUUGGUGAUAAAGUGAAGGGCUAAAAUAUAAUGUAUGUAAACAAGGGAAACAGAGGUAAGAAAAACUGUUUUGUUGAUUAAUUUUCCAAGUCUGAUGUAAAUUGUUUUAUCUCCUGUGUUUAUGACUUAAGAACAGGUGAGAAAAGGUUAAACUUUCUGGGAUCCUGACAUUUUUUGCACACUUUUGACCCUCAGGGUUUCUAUUCAGAAGAAUAAAUAUGCAAGUUAUUCGCAUGUGGCCUUUAAAAAACACUAACAUGAACAAUAAAGUACCAUGGGUGAUUUAAAU